UGGCAACUGUUAAUUGUCAAUUAGUGUCACCGAAAAUUCCUUCCUUUGUAGAAAAAUUUCAUCAUAAACUUUUCCCUUAAAAUUUUUCCUAAAAAGGGAAAAUUCAUUUUAAAUUAGCUUUAAUUUCAAAUUCCAAGUAAAACGGAACGUUCGUAGCGAUAGCAUUCGGGGGUGGAAUCCAGUUUCCGACGCCGUCCCUUUACUCCCUUUACAGGAUAUGACAUUGAUUUGAGGUAAAGGUUAUAUUGUAGUAGAAGAAGUAAAAAACCCCCAACAAAAUGGCAGUUAAACAAAAGAACGUUGUCAGCCCAGUAGCCCCAACAACCGAAGUAAGACUGCAAAUCAUCUUAAGGGUAUUGCAAGACAUCCAGGCCCGAGAUGGAACCCACGUCAACCUUUACAGUCAAAUUGUUAAGGGCCUUGGAUCCGUAUUGGUACCAAAUGACCCAGUGGCCUACAUGAAAUUCAUAGAAGACGUAAAAAGCGUCCAAACCAUCCUAAUGAAAGCCAACGAAAACAAAGAAGUGAUGUUUGUCACUUUGAAGGCGCUCUACGACGAAAUCUCCAAUCCGCACCUGAACCCCACCCCUGUCAUGUCCAUUGUCCUACAACUUAUCAACACUGAAAUGUUGCCAGGAGCUGUAAAAUUCAUUUUGGACGCCAACUAUCCAGAACAAAAUCUGGAACGCGCCCUCUUCACUCUAUGCACUUGGUUGACCAAGUGGACUUGGACUGAUAAUUUAGGUCCUCUAGUGCUUGCCUUUAUGAAGGGUCUGGAACAAGAGCACUAUUAUGACAUCUUGGUGGAUGUCACUCUAAGCACAAUAGAACCUUUAUUUAAAUUGCUGAUUUUGCCUUCGAGUCGGUAUUGCGUGUAUCCAGUAGUAAAUCAUAUGCUUACUAGAGUACAGCAUAGCCCUCAAGUUUUCCAUAAAAUCCUACCAGAUGCUCCCAAGGUCAUAAACAUUUUGGCUAAAGAUGAAUUGAGUGACCAGUAUUUGUUGCCCCUUGUUAAUUUGUAUUCAACUUUAAUGGACCAUUUUUCCGGUUAUGACGAGCUUUAUGAGCCUUUACGUCAAGCAUUAAGCGCAUUUGUAAUACCCUACAAAAACACCUUGAACUGUCAAAGUUGGUCUUACAGCGCCCCUUUGCCACCCGCCCCAAGAUCGGCCAAUGAGAAAGUGGGCCUUUAUAAUUUGGGCAACACUUGUUACAUGAACAGUGUAUUGCAGGCGUUGUAUAUGACCAAAUGCUUCAGAAACAACGUGCUGUUGCAUCAAAACUUGCUAAUGCCGCCCUUGUUUUCAAAAUUGCAAGUUUUAUUUGCAUUGUUGCAACACUCGAAGAAAAUUUGCCUGUCGCCCAAUGAUAUUUUGACACUGUUGCGACCUCCCGGGUUUGUUUUGGGACAUCAGCAUGACAGUUCUGAGUUUUUGGGUUUUUUGCUGGACACGUUGCAUGAGCAGGAGAAGAAUGUCGCGUUGGCUGGUAAUGGAUUUGCUAGUGGAGACGGUAUUGACGAAGCUGCAGCUGUUAUAGCCCCCUUGGACUGUCAAACUGUAGUUCAGCAGUCUUUCGGCGGACAAACGGUGACAGUGUCCCAUUGCGAAGCCUGCGGCACGAAAAGCGAAAAACUUGACUAUUUCCGCGACUUGCAGCUGUCAUUUCCGCAAAACUGCGCCAACCCGAGCGUACAGGAUUUGCUGGGCUACUUUUUAGAAUCUGAAAAACUUUGCGGUGACAAUCAGUAUCGGUGCGAUGUUUGCCAACGAUUAACAGAUGGUCAAAGAAUUACUAAAAUUGUCUCUUCGCCUACUCAUUUGGUUCUAACGCUAAAACACUUUAGGUACGAUCCAACUUCACAAACCCGCACCAAACUGUUGCAAGGUGUAAACUUAGACAACCGGAUAUGCCUGUCUGAUACAUUUUUUGAUCUCUAUGCUGCUGUAGUUCAUUACGGCUCUAGUGUAGAUUCUGGCCAUUAUUACACUUUUGCAAAAGACUCUACAGGGUGGUUCAAGUUCAACGACAGUGCCGUUACUAAAACGACCGAAGAAACUUUACAUUUACUUAAACCUCCAGAGACUCCAUAUAUUUUGUUUUAUUUGCGAGAAGAUUUGGUUGAACCUGAGGAUUUGCCUUGCGAAGGUUUAUCUAACGCAUUAAAACUUGCCGUAAAUAAGGAUAAUUCAGAGAGCGUUUUGAGGUUGCCAAUGAUUAGAGAUAAUAAUAGAGAUAAUUCGAGGAAAAAUGAUGAUCCUCCGCCUCCGGGAUGUGGAGGUGGAGGUUUCAAUUCGCCUUCAGGAAAUAUGUUUGUGUGCUGAAAGGGAAUGUAAAAUGCAGUUAGAUGGCUGUUCAACACCCCGGUUUGGAAUAAAUAUUUAUUUUUUUUUACUUUUGAAAUCAAAUAUCUUACUUUAACUAGUUAUUUUUUGACAGUAUUUUCUACUUAUUUGAGGUAAAACAUCACAAUGAAUUUUAACCCAAACAAAGGAAGGAAUUGGAAGUGUAACACAGAUGACUAUUAUUAUAACUGACUAUUGGCAAAAUGUGAUAGUUCAACCUAAACUAAUGUUUAUUUUGUUUGAUUCUUGUAAAUAAGACUUAGUUUUGGUGUAAAUAUAGAAACAAAAAAAAAAUAAAUGAGAAACUAUUAGUUGUGUUUUUAAAACCGAAUAUAUAGGUGAUAUAAUCAAGUAUAAUUAUGUUAUUUAAAUGAUUUUUGUCUUAUUUAGAAAGUAAAUAAACAGUAUCUCCUAGAGUUAUAGUGUGUCUUAUGAGUUUUUUAUUUCAAAAAAAGAUAAGGAAGAUUUCAAGUUACAAGUGGGCAAGAAGAAUAUAAUUUAAUAAUUAAAUUAUUUAUUAAAAACCUAAAUAAUUACAAUUGAGAAGUAGUUAAUUUAAAUUAUGUCGCAAGAAGUUUUUAUAAAUAAAUUAACCAAACACAAAAACAACAGUUGAAUGUAAAAUGCAAUUUUCCGCACUAAAUCUCAAUUCCCAUAUACAUACUUACUUGACCAUUUUAUUCAAAUUUUGACCUCAAAUGUGUGUUUUUCUUUUUCGCAAACAUUUCGUCAUCGGGCUAUUUUUAAAAUUCAAAUCUAGCAGCAGUUUUACAUUAUUUAUAAAUCGAAUGUGCGACUCGGCGCGACCGGGCCUGUUGUAAUUAAUCCAUACAUUAAACUAAAACGUGAAAUUAUUUGUGUAACAUUUUUAAUUAAAUUAGUCAUCUAAACAACCAUUAGUAAAAUCUAUAUAAAUUGGAUUUGCAAAUCCGUAUAAUAACUUAUUAGAUACAGCCUCAUUAUAUAUACAAAAUAAUCUCUUAAAAUGCAAUGUUAUUAUUAUUAUUAUUAUUAUUUUUUUUUUGUGCAUUAAUUUCUCCGAUUACUUUUUGUACGUUCCGAGAUAAGAGUCGCAAUUCGGACAACUGUGGUUUAUAUCCAUGCAUUGCUCCAUACAGCACGGGAUCAGGCAACAUCCACAAACACAUCUGGAACAAAAAAUUAAACGCACUGGAAAGGUAGGCCUUCAAUCCAGGUUUGCAUUUGGUAGUGGUAUCAAUUUCGGCCCCGCAAUGCGGACAUACCAUGUGGGUGGGAUUAGGUCCUACCACCGGAACUAUUGUUGUGAGGAUUUCUGGAUCUUUACGUAC